AUGGCGGAGGCUCAGACGAUGGUGGCGCCUGUGCGAGUAAGCGCGCUGGAGGCUAUGCGAGUAGAGCGGUCACGAGGCCGUCGGGGCGCGCGGUACAGCUUGCAUUGGAGCGCGCAUCAUCGCAUCACACGCACGAUGCUCCCCUGUCAGUGCGUGCUUACCACAUCGCCCGUCCACGGCGCAGACCAUCGCUGGUCGGCCUGCCCCCACUCCGCCUCCACGCUCCUCACGCAUGACCAACCGGAGGGAGACGACGGAGCUAUCGGCACCAAUAUCCGCUAUCUGCCCUCGGUGCCCGGGACCCCGGCUCAGCUUCAUUUCGAGGCCCUGAUGAGAUCGCCAGCCAGCAGCGACGCCGAUCCGAUCCCGUCCGAUCCGCGGGUCUCGCCGCCUGUUUCCCCGCACGCCGUUGGUCACAGACGAAGCUUAAGCGCCCCGCCUCGGAUCGGGGGCGCCUCGCGCGAUAAGCAAACUGAAAUAGCCAGGAAUAGCGGUGGAAUAACCUCUCAAUUUGAUUUGAUUUGA